GAUUUUGUAGGGAGGAAAUUUGAUUAUAUAGAUUUAGCAGGAGGUAUAUGGGAUGUGUUUAAGGGAAAGAUUGAUAAUUAUGCCGACAAAUUGAAUCUGGAUUUAUCAAGACAAUUUGUAAUAUUGAAUAAGGUGAAAUUGCCUUUCAUCGAAAUAAAAAUAUACGGAAAAAAAAAAAUUGCUGAGUGAAAUAUUGUGAAGGAAAUAAAUAAUGGAAUGAGAUUGAUACAGGAUUUAGAGGAAUAAAAUGGAUAAAGGCUUGAAGAAUGUGAUGCCAUUAGUUCUAAGAAUAAUUUGAAAAUUGUUAAACUGAAAGAUGCAGAUGUAAUAAAAGAAAGUAGGAAUUAUCAAACUUUUACAAGUGUCUUGUUAUGUUAAGAACUUAAGGUAUUACUACGUCAAGUUAUUUGUUUGUUUGGGAAUGUUUAAUUAGUAUAUGAUAAUUAUUUACGAUUUGGAAUAAAAAUGGCGGAGAAUCACAGAGAUUUGUAUCAUAGCCGGCGCAAUGGUAUGGACCGGCCGGCAAGCACCGGAAUGUAUUACUCAUCUGCCUGGGAGUCGAAAUUACACGAGCUUAUGGAAUUGUUGACACGGUCUUCCUUGGAGACCCAUAAACUCGAUCUAAUGGCAGAAAUAUCCAGUCUCAAAAUACGCUUGGCCACUGCAGAAAAUGAGAGGAGGGAAUUAGAGGAAAGAUUAAAACAGUCACAGAGACAGAUUACAGACUUUGAGGCGAGACUCGCUCUAAAAGAUGCAGAAACUGCUGACUUACGACAGAAAUUGGCACGCAAUGGUACAGUCGUCUCCGAUGUUAAUGCAUUCUUUUGGAGUUUACCACUGGAAUAUGAAGUGGAGAGAUUAAAGAAAGCUGUAGAUGCCUUAAUGACCUCAAAUGCUGAAAAGGACAAGAGACUGGAGGAGUUAAGGAGAAUUUUACGACGUUACAAGAAAAUUGAAGAGUUGGUGGCUCAAGCACAAGGGCGGAAAAUGUUAGAUGAGAUUCUUGGCGGGACUGAAGAUGAUACAAGCUCGACGAGUUCCACAACGCCGUCGGUUACCAACGAUAUCACCAGACCCACUGAUACCGGACCUUAUCAGAUGGAUGAUCCCAGAGUUUUAACAAACUACAGUAUCUCACCUAGUGCGACCAGUACACCAGUGAAUUCAUUUAGUGAGCCUCGAAGUAAUUUGACCUCGCCACCUUCCACAAUAGCCUCAGUGAAACCUACACGACGAAUACAAAGAUCUAAUAGUGCUGAGGAAAUUACCAAAAAUAAUCACAAGACGCCUCCCGCUAAUAAAAGACAUACGGACGUCGUGAAGCGGAAUGGUAGUUAUGGUACGUUACCCAAGGAAAUGAUUGUCAAAAAUAGGGAAGAUGAUCGUGAACACCGCAGAUCACGCGGUUUCCCGUCCUUUGGGAGAGCCCUUCUACGAAUUAAAUCCACGAAACGCAGUUGCUCGGCCCCCAAUUUAGCUCAAGCAGAAGCUGUUACAGACGAUGAAGAUCCAAAUUACGUCGGAAACUCGGCGGGCUCGUAUCAUCCAGAGGUGAAGAAGAAAAAAGGUUUCUUAAGGUUCUUUGGCAGGUUAAAACGGAGUGGUUCGCAAGACUUCCAUGAGCGUGAGAGAACGGAAGAGUUUAGACGUGGUGGUAUACGGGCAACCGCUACAGCACGACUUGGCUGGUCCAAGGAUGUAAAGAGAGAGCAUGAUUUGAGUGUGCCAUUUGCCCGCUGGGACAGGGAUCGUAUUGUGUCAUGGUUCAAUGAAAUUGGACUCAACAUGUAUUUAGCAGAGUUAAGACGAUGGUGCCGAAAUGGAGACCAGCUUUUGAAAGCCUCACCUCACGAAUUAGAAAAGGAACUAAAUAUGAGGAAUCCACUACACAAGAAGAAGUUACAGUUAGCAUUGCAAGCAAUGAAUUCAGGGAAUUUAUCUAAGGCCGGGGAUCUGGAUCAUACUUGGGUCAUGCGAUGGCUAGAUGACAUAGGAUUGCCUCAAUACAAAGAUGCCUUCUUCGAUGCAAGAGUUGAUGGUAGAAUGUUACAUGCUCUGACUGUUGAGGAUUUAUUAGCACUUAAAGUGAGCAAUGAACUUCAUCACUACAGUAUAAAACGUGGUAUACAGAUCUUACGAUUAAACAACUUUAAUCCCGGCUGUCUGAAACGUAGACCGUCCCCUGAUGAAGGAACGUUGCAUAAUAUACCAGGUGAUGUUGCAUUGUGGACAAAUCACAGAGUGAUGGAAUGGUUACGAACGAUAGAUCUCUCAGAAUACGCUCCAAAUAUGCGAGGAAGUGGGGUUCAUGGUGCUCUCAUGGUAUUAGAAAGCAGGUUUAAUGCUGAGCUAUUUGCUGUGUUAUUGUCUAUUCCGCAAAACAAGACGUUGUUAAGACGCCAUCUAAACACGCAUUUUGUGUCGCUGGUCGGCAACGAAAUACAAAUAAAGAAACGGGAGCAAGAGUCUUCCCCGGGAUACAUACCGCUGGUGCCAAAUGCUAAAGUCAAGAAAGGAAAAUUUGGUUUAUUUGGUCACAAACGAAGCAAGUCGGAAACGGAAGCCGAAGGUUUCAUUUGUCCGCUAGAUCUAGCUCUACCCUUUGAUAAACUCAAAAUAAGUGCCUUACAAUAUCAGGGGAAAGAGCAAGAUGCCAAGGCAGCUAAAGAAAUCGGUGCAUACUCUAAAGAAAUUUCAACUCUAACAAAUCAACUUGGAAAAGAAAGUUUCUUUGACAGUGUUCCCUCAUCCAAUGUAUGAGACCUGGUCAACAAUGUGGAACUUGAGCUCAUACCUACAAAAUUUAUAAUCAAACACACCAAAAAAGAAUUAUGUACAGUUCGAUUAGCGAAAUAGAACUAUGUGAUUAGUGUACAGAAACAGAAAUAAAGCACACCAAGGUUAUGAAAAUUGAAGAAAACAUGUUUGAACAAGUUAAAUAGUAAAUCAGGGAGAUGUGUAUUUUUAUGGUUGACUUUUUUUUUUUCACACAGAAAAAUUACAAAGUGAUUUUUUGUGACUUAAUAUGCAUAACAUAGACUUGUGUGUCACUUUACGAAGAAAAAAAUCACUUAUUCUUAAGUGAAACAUAUUUUUGAUUAAGUAUUCAAAAAGAUAAGCAAUUGAAUUGAGUAUCUAUGCAUUUAUCAAUAUUAUAGAUGGAAAGUAACUUCCAAUUUUCCUUUAUGGUUCCUUGCCUUUACUUGGAUUCUUAGGCAAGG